CGCCAUCUUCUCCUGGUCAGUUUGACUGUGAUCCGCUCAGACUGGACUGGAGGCAGGUUGAUUAUUGGGAGCCACCGGCUAGGAUAGACAAUGAUGAGGCGGUGAAGUGCUGCUAAUGAAAGUGUAAUUCGCGUGUAUCCUAUCAGAUUUAUAGAUAUUCUAACGACUUCUUGUGCAAAAAUGACGACGACCACGACAUUUCAAGGGAUGGAGCCCGGUUCUAAAAGCAGUUCCAGGGUGUUGCGCCCUCCUGGUGGUGGCUCCAACAUUUCACUUGGUGCAGAUGAGGAGAAGCCUCCUGUCCGGAAAAACAAGAUGGCCUCCAGUGUUUUUGCUGAGCCAGAGGAUCCAUAUGCUAAUCGAAGGAACAACCCGCCAGGUGGGAAGCCCACAGGAGUGCUGUGUGGUGAGCCGUCAGCACCCCUGAGGAGAGGAGCGAACCCCACCACCAACCACUCUCCAGACGCCCCGGCCACAGAUGGAGAAAAUUCUGUACGCGAUAUUGAAAACAGCGUUGCUGAGCCUGAAGCAGCUCCAGGGCAGCCAGAUGAAGCCCCUCCAGCUGAGGAUUCUGCUGCAGGGCUUCCGUCUGGCCGCAGAAAUCCACCUGGGGGCAAGUCCAGCCUCAUCCUGGGUUGAAUCCCUGCCAACUGACCCCUUCCUUACAUCCACUCAUCUCUGAACUUUUUUUUUUUUUUUCCAACUUUGUUUUUUUUUUUUUAAAAAGGAACCCCAAACCCAUUUGUCUGUACCGCAGGAACCCAAUCUGAUGUCCAACAGGCACCAGUCUCCUCCACAUCCCCAAGUGCAUUGUUUUGAUACCUCUUUUUUGAAAACUGUUUUUGUACUGUUUUUAUUGUUUGUUUGUUUUGACAGAAGCACUUUAUGUAUUUCUAAUUACAUGGUUCAAAGUCUUGCCUUUGCCCCUGUAAUGCAUUUGACCUGCCAGGAAGGGUACAAGGAUCACAUUUCUCAUAUCAACCGAUGCCCCUAAUUUUGUUGCGACGGCACAAGCUGUAAGUGAUCUUACAAGCAGCUUCUUGAACAUGCGCAAAGAAAAAAAAAGCAUUUUUUUUGCACUGUUUCAGUUUUGACCCAUCUUGCAUGCACGUGUGCUCUGAAUGUGAGAAGAAACAUAACUGUGAAUUUUUUUUUUUUUUAUUUAACUUGUCUGUUGUUUUAUUUUUGUGGAUAAUUGUUGUAUUGUUGUUGCAUGAAGUUGGAAUCUUUCUACUGAUUAUUAUUAUUCACAUAGGAGCCAAAUAGGAACCACAUAAAUGACUGUCAUUGUGAUCUGAAAGAUGCAAACAUUUGUCUUAGGUCCCAUGUCAGGAAACAGAAUUGGAAUAAGCCUUUUUUAUAUUGUAGUCACAAACCUUAGAUUAUUGUAACCCCAGUGCCGGUUUUGAGUGCCCCGUGUUUUUAUAGGUAAAAACUGACUCUAAAACAAAAGUGUGCCUGUUUGCGUGUUAGGCUACAACAUCAAACAAGGUUGGGUUUUCCCAGCGUGCAUCCUACCAGUAUCAUCGAGGUCUAGUUUUUCCGUUGCGAGUCAAUGGAAUGUUGUUGGUCCUGACACUAAAGUGUUUCUGGUAAGCCCAUCCUAGAUUUGACAAGUGACCUUAUGACAGCUCAGCCUUUUUUUCCCCCCCUUACGUAUUUGUUAACAAUCCUGCUCACUGGAAAUAUACAAACAAGUCUUUUUUUUUUUUUUUUUGUACAUUUCAUGUCACAUUAUUUAAACCAAAAUUCAAACUCCCUCCUGCUUCUGUCCUGUUGAGUCACGUGUGUGUGUGACUGCCAUGUCAGCCAGCUGUCAUUCAAGAAGCUCUACAUUUCCGAUAAAUGAAAUGUAACUCCUGUGGUGUCUAUUUUUAACGUGUGUUAUGAUGCAAGACAUGUUGUUUGCAUCCUAUACCAAUCCCUGUUGCUGGAUGUAAGUCACUACAGAAAUCUGAAUUCAAGAAAUGGCACAAGUGGAAAUGAACAUUAAAAAUCAAUUUUGACCAUGGA